GCUAACUUUUUCAAAUUUAUUUUUGUUUUCCUUACUCUUGUUCUUAGUGACCAUCGAUGGGCCAUGAACACUCCUUUCGUAGUAAAGCAGCCCAUUUCGUCUCUGAUCUCACCACUGUGCUUCUCAAUCCAAUCUCCGAUGAACCCUCAAAUCAUCGUGUAAGUGAGGAUGCCAUGGAGCCCAAAGAAAGUGAAGAGGAGUCAAAAGCAGAGGAGGAUUCUGAGCCUCUAGUAGAUGGCCCUGAUACAUCUUCUUUCACAGCAUUCCUCUACUCUCUGUUGGCACCUUCAGAAUCUGAGGGUCAUUCGCAUGGUGAGGAACAAAAUGGUUAUCAAGAUGAAAUGGGUGAGUCAGCAUCUGACAGCUUACCGGUGAAGGAAAAUAAUCCUAGGAAGACACUGUUUUCUAGGGGAAAACAAUCACUUGUGAGAGUAAUCUACAAUGCCACAAAGUUCAAUGGCUACAGAAAUCAAGCCUUAGGGCGGAAGGGUGAUCAGAAAAUGAAGAAUGAUGACAUGGGCGGUUCGAACUUUCUUGGGCUUGAGUUGAGCCCUGUAAAGAAUCCAAAGGAGACAGCGCCAAGAUGUUGUCUCCCAGACAUUUCUGAACCUUCAUUGCUUCUUUCUGAGAAAACACGAACUGCUCUCUGUGCUUCACUUCCAGCACUUGUUCAAGGGAGGAAAUGGGUGCUGCUCUACAGUACCUGGAGACACGGAAUAUCACUUUCAACCUUGUACCGGAGAAGUUCGCUUUGCCCUGGCCUUAGUUUACUGGUUGUUGGGGACCAGAAAGGUGCAGUAUUUGGUGGAUUAGUCGAGGCACCACUGAGACCAACCAGUAAGAGGAAAUAUCAGGGGACUAAUGAUACCUUUGUUUUCACAAAUAUAUCUGGGCAUCCAGUGGUAUUCCGUCCCACAGGGGCAAAUCAUUAUUUCACUCUUUGUUCCCCCGACUUUUUAGCAUUGGGUGGAGGUGGUCACUUUGCACUUUAUUUGGGUGAUGAUCUAUUGAGGGGGUCAAGUUCAGUUUCAGAAACUUACGGGAACUCCUGUCUGGCGCAGUCCGAGGACUUUGAAAUUAAGGAGGUUGAGCUAUGGGGCUUUGCCUAUGCAUCGAAGUACGAGGAAACGAUUGCUUUGUGCCAGUCAGAGGCUCCUGGGAUCUGCCGAUUAAUGAAUCUUUCUUAACGUCCUGCGAGUUGAUCACAUUUUAUCAUGAGGAUAGACAUCUCGAUACAUCAAGCUAGUUGU